AUGUUUUUCCAAAAGAAGAGGUAUGUGCUCAUCUUAGAUGAUCUGUGGAAAGCAUUUCUUCUGGAUAAGGUGGGUAUUCUAGAACCAUCCAUAUCUAAUGGAUGUAAACUAGUGUUAACUACACGAUCGUUAGAAGUGUGUAGGAAGAUGGAGUGCAGAGCUGUCAAAGUGGAGCUUCUCACGGAAGAUAAAGCACUGAAUCUAUUUAUGAGCAAGGUUGAAGAACAUCAGACAGUUCUUACUCCAAAAGUGAAAGAAAUUGCAACAAAAGUUUCCAAAGAAUGUGCACGUCUGCCUCUUGCAAUCACUACUAUAGCUGGCAGUAUGAGGGGAGUAAAUGACAUUUGUGAGUGGAGAAAUGCAUUAAAUGAAUUGACCAGUUCAACAAAACAGAUCAUGGACAAUGAAAGUAUGAUGUUCGAGCGACUAAAAUUUAGUUAUAGUCACCUAAAUGAAGAAAAGCUCCAACAUUGUUUCUUGUAUUGUGCAUUGUAUCCAGAAGACGAUAUCAUCCCUAGGGAAGAGCUGAUAGAAUAUUGGAUUGCCGAGGGACUAAUAGCUGAGAUGAACAGUAUAGAAGCAAUGUUUGACAAAGGUCACGCUAUAUUAAAUAAACUCAUAAAUCCUUGCUUGUUGGAGAGUCAUACCAACAUACAUAAGGAAGAAUUCGUGAGGUUGCAUGAUUUGAUAAGAGAUAUGGCUCUCAAAAUAACAUCAACUAGUCCUCGAUUCAUGGCAAAAGCUGGUGAGGGAUUAGAAAGAGUACCAUACGAAGAUUGGUCUGAGGAUCUUGAGAGGGUUUCCUAA